AUGCAACAUAUUACUAGUCGACCCGUUACUGUAUCAUUAUUAACUGCUUCAUUCUUUGCUGGUUACUGUACUGACAAGUAUAUACUAAAACGUGCUAAUGCUGCCACCGCUCAGUUACCGGUAACUACAGUGCAACCACCUCAUAUUUUGACUGGACCCUCUUCAAUCUUAGAUAUUGAUCAUGUGAAAGAGCAACCAUCUCGUGCAUCUCAAAUAAUGCGUUAUGGUUAUCCCGGAUUUGAUAACUUACGCACUUUCGAAGAUUAUGUUUUAUCAUAUGAUCGUCGAAAUAGGAUAGCUCACUGGGUUGUUGAACAUCUAAGUGCAGAAAAACUAGUCUACAAUUCAUCUGUUAAUCGUUCGAAGUGCCAGUUUCAUGAGGAUCCAUCAAUUCAUCCUUACUUCAAAUCAACAAACGAUGAUUACAAGGCAUAUUUUUGCAUUCCAGGCUAG